AUGAGAAAUGUCAGACAUAGAAAUCUUGUUCCAGUGAUUACUACUUGUUCUAGUGACUAUAUAAGAGCCUUUGUUCGGAAAUAUAUGUCAAAUGGGAGUCUUGAGAAUUGGUUGUACAGAGAAGCUCGCCACUUGAACCUUCUUCAAAGACUCACUGUAAUGCUUGAUGCGGCUAUGGCAAUUGAAUAUCUACAUCAUCGCAAUGACACUGCGAUAGUUCAUUGCGACAUAAAGCCAGCCAACGUUCUUUUGGAUGAAGAUAUGGUGGCGCAUGUUGGUGAUUUUGGAAUCUCUAAGAUUUUAGCCGUAAGCAAGUCCAUGACACAAACCGAGACAUUGGGCACUCUUGGAUACAUUGCACCAGAGUACGGCUCAGAAGGAAUAGUGUCGGCUAGUGGUGAUGUUUACAGUUACGGCAUCAUGUUGAUGGAGGUUUUGACGAAAAGAAGGCCAACAUAUGAAAAGAUGUGCAAUGAAAAUCUUGACUUGAGGAGAUGGAUAACACAAUCAUUUUCAGGGAGUAUGAUGGACGUUGUGGAUGCCAAUAUUUUUUCUGAGGAAGAACAAAUCACUAGUAAAAGUGAAAUGUGCAUAGCCUCCAUGAUAGAAUUGGCUUUAGACUGCACAAAGGAACCGCCAGAAUGCAGAAUAAGCAUGAAAGAAGUAGUGAAAAGGCUUAACAAAAUCAACAACACAUUUCUCGAAACAAAGAAGUGA